AUGAAGCGCUUCAGUCAGAGAGUUCUCUCGCGUGGGAAAGAUUCAAGCAAGUCUUCUAAGAAGAACAAGGAUUCUAAGGAUGGUACCGCGUCUCCCUCAUCAAAGGAUUCCAACCAGUCACCCGUGCUCACGCCCUCAUCCUCCACGUCGACCCUGAACGACCCUCGAAACAAAACACAGCCUCAAAACACUGCUGGCCAUGGAAGCGAUCACGGUGGCGCUUCCCAGCCCUCCAAUUUGUCCAAUGUAACUCAGGCCGGUAACAACGCUGAUCAGUUUGCGUCUGGAGAUUCCUCAAGCCCCAACGGCAACUCCAGACUGCCUCCAACUGUUGUCAUCAGCCCAACACCUGGUCAUGUCCCUCCCCCGGGCGCCGCCGAGACGAUGCCACACGACUUGGCUCCUCCCAAAGCUGGACAGAAGUCGCUCUUGAUCCAUCGAGGUAUAGAUAACCGUGAUGCGAUUCCCGAGGGACUUCGGACCCCAAAAAGACAGCAUUCUUCGCGAUUCGACAUCUCCGCCCACCGCGAGCUCGAAAAAUUGCCCGGUUUCCAUGAAGUCCCUCCUAACCGACGACAAGAACUCUUCAUGCAGAAGAUCGACCAAUGCAACGUGAUUUUCGACUUUAACGACGCGAGUGGUGACAUGAAGUCAAAGGAGAUCAAGAGACUUGCUCUGCACGAGCUACUGGAUUAUGUCGCCAACAACCGACAAGUCAUUACAGAACCCAUGUACCCCAAGGUUGUCGACAUGUUUGCCAAGAAUCUGUUCCGUCCGAUCCCACCUCCAAUGAACCCUCAGGGUGAAGCUUUCGACCCUGAAGAGGAUGAGCCUGUUCUUGAGGUCGCUUGGCCACAUAUCCAGGUCGUUUAUGAGUUCUUCCUGCGCUUCAUUGAGAGCCAGGAUUUCAACACCAACAUCGCCAAGGCAUACAUCGACCACAGCUUUGUCCUCCAGCUUCUUGAGCUUUUCGACUCUGAGGACCCCCGCGAGCGAGACUUCUUGAAGACUACCCUUCAUCGCAUCUACGGAAAGUUUCUCAACCUCCGAUCCUUUAUCCGACGAUCCAUCAACAACGUCUUCUUCCAAUUCACCUAUGAAACCGAGCGAUUUAACGGUAUUGCCGAGUUGCUUGAGAUUCUUGGCUCUAUAAUCAACGGAUUUGCCCUUCCCCUCAAGGAGGAGCACAAGAUUUUCUUGACCCGUGUGCUAUUGCCCCUGCAUAAGCCCAAGAGCCUGAGCAUGUACCACCCUCAGCUUGCCUAUUGCAUUGUGCAAUUUCUUGAGAAGGAUGCAUCUCUCACUGAGGAUGUGGUCCUUGGACUACUCCGUUACUGGCCGAAGGUCAACAGCACAAAGGAAGUCAUGUUCCUCAACGAAGUCGAAGACAUCUUUGAGGUCAUGGAUCCUGCAGAAUUCGCAAAGGUUCAGGAGCCCCUGUUCCACCAGCUGGCCAAGUCUGUCGCUAGCCCUCACUUCCAAGUGGCUGAGCGUGCCUUGUACUUCUGGAACAAUGAAUAUUUCUGCAAUCUUGUCAGCGAUAACGUUGAAAUCAUUCUCCCCAUCAUGUUUGCUCCUCUCUACGAGAAUUCAAAGGGCCAUUGGAACAGGACGAUCCAUGGUAUGGUAUAUAAUGCCAUGAAACUCUUUAUGGAGAUUAACCCGCAGUUGUUUGACGACUGCUCGCAUGAAUACACGGAACAGCAGAACAGCGCGGCAGCACGCGAGGCCCUCCGAGAGCGCAAAUGGGCGGCUCUCAGCGAGAAGGCAAAUCAACAGAGGGAAAGCAACGGCGCAGCUAAGGCAUUGUCCUCGCAAACCCAAGUCAACCCUCUGCCGCGUGUAGACGAAAUCGAUCCUGUCACCGAGGACAAUCAAAAGCGCCUUGAUUCGCUUAAUUUGCAAGACGGCCGACCCAACCACGAGCGAGAGAACUCUGUGUCAUCUGCACAAUAG